CGCUGUUUCCACGGUUUUAGCCGAUUUUUCUCGAAGUGCUUCGCCGCCGGUGGAGCUGCUCCCUUUAAACAGGCGGCUUCUCCGCAGUUUUCCACCCGCUCUUUGUCCGCCAGGAGACGCGUUUCUUUUUUUUAAGGUGAUGUCGCACACAUUCAUGGGUGAUUUAUUUUGGCUCCUGUCGUAAUGUCGGCGCUCCGAAACUUGGACUGACGCAGCCACACUGAACUAGGGAGCGGUGACGGCUGCACAAAGGAGCGGGGAGUCCAGCGAGCAUCCCCCCCGGCGGCGGGGAGCAUCACAUGUCUAAGCGGCGGAGCUUCAGCUGAGCUCCGGACUGACAUCGGUCCAGCGCCCUUGCCUGAAUCAAAGGAAGCACCCGGAGGACGCCAGGAACCGAAGCCCUUCUUCUCCAGGACAGAAAUGUCUGCUCUGUUAUUAGACAACGCAGGCUGGCACCGAGGCGCAGCUGAGAAACCGUGAAUGCAGUGAAACUCUGUCUCAACCCGCAAUGUCAUGGGUAUCUGGGAGAAACAACUGGCUCUUUCUGGCGCUCCUUUAACAGCCUUUUGAUAAACGAGCUCCGCCUCCCAUUCUGCCUGAGGACCUCCGAACCUUAACGACAAACGAUGACCUCCCCUGACUCGCCUCCCCUCGUCUCCCCCUCCCCGUGUCCGGCGCCUCCCCCGUCCCUGCCCUCGUCCCCGGCUCCCUCCUCCCCGGCCCCGUCCUCCUCCUCCAUCCCGGCCCCGCCCUCGCUGCCUCCCACGGGCGAGGUGAUGGUGCUGGCUCUGGGCAGGAAGAAGCAGCGCGUGCUGAUCGCGCUCUCCAUCCUCCCCAACCUCUUCCUGGCCUUCCUGCUCUCCUCCGACCCCCUCAUCACGCUCUCGCCGCCGCACCACUGCCGCCUGCCGGGCCCGUCGCCCUCGCCGGAGGCGCUGAAUGCCUCCCUGCCCUGGGAGAAGGGGGCGCGGCCCGGGGAGACCGGGAGCCCAUCCCAGUGUAAGCAGUACGCCAACGGCAGCCAGUCGGCCGUGGUGGACUGCGAGUCUGGGUGGGACUACAACGUGACGGAGGGGUUGAAGAACAACAUCGUCACCGAGUGGGAUCUGGUGUGCGGCCAGUACUGGCUGGUUCCGGUGGAGGAGGUGUGCUUCAUCCUGGGCGUUCUGACUGGAUGCCUCAGCCUGGGCUACACAGCUGACAGGCUGGGCAGGUCCAAGACCCUGCUGAUCUCUCUGACUCUGUCGGUGGUGUUUGGGGUGCUGGUGUGCGUCUCUCCGUACCCUUCCAUCUUCAUCGUCAUGCGCUUCUGCCUGGCUGCUGCCAGCGCAGGGGUCUACCUAACUCUGUACAUCGCCCGUCUGGAGCUGUGCGAGCCGUCGCUCAGGCUUGUGGCGACCAUGCUGGCUGGGUUCAUGACCGUGGCAGGGGAGCUGCUGCUGCUGGCCGUGGCCCUCGGCUGCCAGUCCUGGAGGGGCCUGCUGGGAGCCGGGGCGGCCCCUCUGACACUCUUCCUCAGCUACGGUGUUCCCGGUGUGUUUCCAGAGUCCCCUCGCUGGCUCCUCCUGUCGGAGCGAUCCGCGGACAUGAACGCGUUCAGCGAGAGGAGGAACUCCAACAGAGACUUGAGGGACGACGAGAGCUUCACAGAGCUGGACUCGGAUCCGGUGCCCUCCUCCCGCCCUCACCUGUCCUUCCCCGAGCUUCUCCACAGCAAGAACAUCUGGAAGAACAUCUGCGUCCUCGGCUUCACCUCAUUCAUCUCUCACGGCAUUAGUCACUGCUACAGCUCUUUCCGUGGUGACGUCAGAGGCACCGCCCCCAGCUUCUACUGGACGUACCUGCUGUCCGUAAGCGCGGGGGGCGGGGCCUGGGUGCUGCUCUGGGCUACAGUGGACAGGUGCGGUCGCCGUGGCAUCCUGCUCUUGUUCAUGACGACGACGGGCCUGGCCUCGUUGAUCCUCCUGGGACUCAUGGAGUAUCUCAGUGAGACGGCCAUCACGGUUUUCUCAGUGCUGGGUCUUUUUUCCUCCCAAGCCACUGCAUCGCUCUGCAUCCUCUUCACCGCAGAGAUCAUGCCCACCAUCAUCAGGGGAACCGGUGUGGGCGUGGUGCUCGCCCUGGGCUGCGUGGGCCGCCUCAGCUCCCCGAUCAUGGACCUGCGGAACCACUACGGCUACUUCCUGCACCAUGUCAUCUACUCGUCCCUGGCGCUCCUGGCCGUGCUCUCCAUCCUGCUGCUGCCCGAGAGCAAGAGGAAGCCGCUGCCUCAGACGCUGGGCGACGGGGAGCAGUACAGGCGCCCCCCACUGGGCCGGAGGAGGAGGGACAACGUGCCGCUGCUGGCCACCCCAAACCCAGAGACCUAAAAGAAGGCAGCCGCAGCGGCGCCCCGCAAACAGAUCUCCGUCUUUCGUGUUUGUUCACAGGACUAGAGAGAGCCGUAGCAAUACGGAGACAAACAGGAGGACAAAUGGAGAUGAAAAGGGCUGUAACGGACUUUAUGCUUCCUAACAUAUCACACUCUGUCAUUCCAGACGCAGACAGACUGGCUUGAGCUGCCUCAGACUUCACAUCUCAGUUUUUUUCCUGGACACUUGGAUUUGCUUCUGAACAUUAACAACAUCCACGCACAUUCAGGAAGCUCUUCAUUUUCUGUCAUGAGACACACCAGCAUUCAGCUACAUCUCUGUGUCUGGGGUAGAGACUGCAUCCUCCGGCUGCAGGUGGCAGUCAUUUGUUACUGUUCCUAUUUUUUUAUGUAUUUGUUGAGGGUGAAAAGACAAUAUAUAUAUAUAUAUAUAUAUAUAUAUAUAUAUAUAUAUAACUUGCGGAUCAACUUUCUGAUCUGGCACUGGAGCCUGAUGGGGAACAGCAGCUGUAACAGGAAGAAAAAAAAACCCUCAUUGUGUAAAUACUCUUAGGUUCUAGUUUCUUUGGGGUGUCUGAGUUUUGUUUUAAUGCCAGACUCGGUGGCUGGAGCCAAUCCUGUAUGCUAUGCAGCGGGGCGAAGAAGAGCACUUUGAAUAUUCUGCUUUGUAACAUUAACGAGUUAAUCCGACCAAAGUCUUCAAGUUUCGGGGGACAGGCCUGUGGACAUAAAUCCCAUAUUCUGAUCAAAAAGGUCUCAGCAAAAAUCUGGCCUGGGGCUAGAAAUAUUUAUACUGUUUAUGUCGUCGUUUAAGUUUAAUCAGUAAUUUAUCCUGACACUUUGACUCUUUGAAUCUAGAUCAGUAGUGUCGGCUGUCAUCCGAUGCUUGACAGAUACAAACAAACCGCAGUAGAGGUGUUGAUCAUGUUUAUAGGCAUAUGUAUAUUGGUCUUUAAUGGAACGAGAGGAGACAGAAAAUGUGUCUUUUUGCAAAAAAAAGGGCCCAAUGAGCAUGCUCCAUGUUGGGGAGCUGAAGAGGGCCCCUGAGCUCCAAAUUAACCCCUCAUUCAUUCCCUGUUGCACUCUGUAGGUCUCCUACCCCGUCUGGAAAAGUCUGGAAUUGGAUUUUAAUAUUUCCCUGGUCUGGAAAAGUAUCGAAAAUGGAAAUAAGGAGAUGUAAAAAAAAUAUAUUUUCAGAUUCAACUCGCUUUUCCGUUGCCUAAAUGUGCUCUUAUUUUCCUGCUUCCUCCUUUCCUUUGUCCUCAUCUGCUUUCUCUUUUCCUACCUUUUUCUUUUCCUACCUUUUUCUUACUUUCUUCCUUGUACACUCCCCUCAUUUCUUCUUUCCUUCACUUAAUCUUUUUCUACCUCUCAUCUUUCAUUACGUCCUUCCUUAUUUUCUUUGCUGCAAACCUUUGGUCCAGCCUUCUUUAUUCCUUCCUUUUUGUUUCUGGUUUUUGCAUAAAGCUUAUAGAUUCAUAAAAGAACCACUGUAAAGGUAUCAGCCAUGAACACAGUGAAUUUUCUCAUUUUAAAAUAGUGUUAAAUACUGACGACUUUGUAAGUUUGAGACAGGAAAAGUAUGUUUUGUUUAAUCCGUCUUGUGGGAAAGUCAUAUCACAGGCAGGAUGAUUCAAUAGCAGCUGUUCAAAUCUGUUUUGCAGAUUAUGCUGGUGCGAAAAGACUGAUUAUCUUUCUUCGUAUGUGUACCAUUGAAGGAUACGGAAAUGGGGGGUUUAAUUUGAACUUUGAAGUUAAAGAAACGCAAGUUUGUUGAUGACUUUUUAAAAUGUCUCUCUGUGUGUUGCACUCAACAAGUCUAACACUUAUACUCUAGUUUUUAUCAUUAAUUAACUUGGCUUGAAUAUAAUUAUGUCUGACAACACUGGCUGAUCUGUUCAAUAAGGCGUAUGAUGCAGUUAAUUCUGAUUUUAUGUAAAUUAAAACUGGUUUAAUG